GUUUCGACAACCGCGAGUCAUGGGUAAUCAGUAAUGGCUUGUAAAGCUUGGUGUUGAGUUGGUGCGUUUUUAACCAGCGGCGAAACUCCUGUUUUUUUUUUUUUAAUCAUGCAAAAGAAGUUGCAUUUUCAAAGCCUUAAUGGGCAAAGUACAAAGGAUAUUGGGCUAAGGGCCUAAAAGAAAAACUAGAACACAGCAAAAUUUAAUUUUGGGGUGGUGAUUGGACAUUUGAAUUCACUUCACAGCCAUCUAUUUUAAAGUGUAGAACCAUGAGAUCAUCGAUUGGUCUCUCCAUAUUUUUAAAGAAAAAGCUAUAUAUUGAUUUACCGAGUUAAAAAAAAAAAACAUUAUAGAUAAUUAUGGAGAAGAUGAGAAAAGAUGAUGAUUAUGCAGACGUGGAAAUGGAUAGAGCAAAACCCCUUUGGAGAUAUAUGUUAAAAUAAGCGCUGACUAGAUGCCAGAAAAUUGGGUCCACCAUUAAUCAAUCCCAUCCUUUUGUUUUUUUUUUUCUGAUGAUACUACCUUAAUUACUUAAUCAAAUACAGAAUAAAUAUAAGGAAAAAAGAAAACGGACAUAAUAUCCUUAAUUUCCAACCUCUAUAAAUUAGACCAUCUUCCCACAGCAGAAGAAGAAGAAAUGGGUGAAAAUGGCCAUGGACAAGUGAUAAAGUCUAGAGUUGUGAAAGUAGAUUCAGAGCAAUCAUGGGAUUUCUUCAUCUCUCAAGCUACCAAUCAAGGCUGCCCUGUUGUGGUUCACUUUACAGCUUCCUGGUGCAUACCCUCAAUAGCCAUGAAUCCUUUCUUUGAGGAACUAGCCUUUACGUAUCAAGAUCUUCUGUUUCUCACAGUGGAUGUGGAUGAGGUUAAGCUGAUGAAUAUGGAACAGGGGGUGGCUAGGAAGAUGGAGGUAAAGGCAAUGCCAACAUUUGUAUUGAUGAAGGAAGGAGCUCAAGCAGAUAGGCUUGUGGGUGCCAAUCCAGAUGAGAUGAGGAGAAGAAUCAAUGCCUUUGUUCACUCUAUUAGAAAUGGUCUCUCUAAAUCCGAUACACCAUAAAUUUAAAGUUGUUUCCAAAAUUGUAUAUGCCAGCUUGUAGUUUUCUUUAGUUUCUGGGUUUUGAAUUUUCAGUUGCUUCUUGGAUGAAGAUGGGAUUGUUUAAUGAGUACUUCCUGGUGGUAUGAAUAGUUCUGUUUUCCCAUUGAUAA